GCUUAAACGUUUUAUAAGCAAAAGGAAACAACGUUGUCCAUGUAGGAACCUAAUGUCUUGUCCUCUGUUGUUACAGUUAAAAGUGACCCCCAUAAUGAAACGAGUGCUUACUACCGAUAGAGGACUUCUUUAGUCGGCGAAGCAGUACGUUUUAAUCUUCAGCUGUCACAAGUAAAUUUAUCUAGUUACUGCUUUACUGCGGUCUAGAGAUUAGCCUGUCUGAAGCAUUUCAUAGAACACAUUUAGGAUUUUUUUUAGCAUUAUUGCUAGCCGUAAACAACAACAACAACAACAACAUCGCGCUGUAAUCGGAUGACGGCGAGCAUCGUGUUUCGCUGCUGUUUGGGAAUAACACCUUCUGCACAGAAGGACUUUAACGUAUGAAAUUCAAGUGCUGAUUUGAAUUAUGUCCACGUUGUCUUUGGAUAAAGAACUGCAAGAGCGCUUGAGAGAGGCGAGUGCUAUUGGAGACCUUGACGAAGUGCGGACUCUAGUCGAGAGCGGAGUGAACAUCAACUCCCAAAAUGAAAUCAAUGGAUGGACAUGUUUACACUGGGCAUGCAAGAGAAACCAAAAACACGUAGUGGCAUAUCUUCUGAACUCUGGGGCUGACAAAGAAAUUCUCACUGCAAAAGAUGAGUUAGCGGUUCAGUUGACCUCCAAACCCGAGAUCAGAAGACUGCUUGGAGUGGAGGAAGAGGAGGAUGAGCCUGAAGGAAAGCAAACAGAGCUGCCGAUUAUUGCAAACUACCUAUCUAACCCGCCCUUCUUGUAUUGCAAGAUGGAUAAGAGCGAUCUGAGUAUAGCACGACACGUUUCUCAAAAUGGCACCAGUGACCAUUUGGAUUCUGUAGUCUCCGAGCCGGCCACAUUAUCCCCCAUAAAGGAGCAGCAGCAGCAGCAGCAGCAGCGUGUCUACUCGGACAGCCAAACCCAACCGGCAUUGUCCUACGUCUCCAUGGUAGAGUCGAGCAGCAUUGUGCAAAACCAGGUGACUAAUGGGACCCUGUCCAUGGAGGUCUCCCCGGAGGUGCAUCACAGCAACCAUAAUGAGUACACUCACAAUCACAGCAUUGCCCAGAACAGCCCUGUUUGUCCCCCGCUCCCUUCAGCAAGCGCAGGCUCUAAUCCCACCAUUACCCGGCAACAGUCUCUCACCCAUCAGCUGAACGGCUCUCAGCCUGGGGGCUCUAUGCCUGCCUUCCAGCCCUUCUUCUUCACCAGCACCUUCCCUGUAAACGUGCGGGAGCUCGUUCUGAAGGUGCGAAUCCAGAACCCACAUGCCAGAGAAAAUGAUUUCAUCGAGGUGGAGCUGGAUAGACAGGAGCUGACGUACCGUGCAUUGCUGCGGGUCUGCUGCCGUGAGCUGGACAUUAGCGCUGAGCAUGUGGAGAAAAUACGCAAGCUCCCUAACACUAUGCUCAGAAAGGUGCGUGCGCUUUCCUUUUUAACUUCUUUUAAGGCUUUUAAAACCCAGUUGCUUGCAUUAACGGCUUCUGUUUACAUGUCUGAAUGUGUAGUUGAUUGUGUGAUCCCAAUUCCAUGUUUUAAUAUAUCUGCUGCUUUUGUCAGAUUACGAUUUGACUGAACAGGAUCUCACUGCUUGACAUUUACUUCUGCUUUGGCAAUGAUUAGUGAAUGAAUUAACUGAUUAUACAAAAGAAACAAAGGGAGAAGUGCUGAGUCUCAAUUCGCCUACUUAUACUAUGCACUACAAGUAUGUACUCUUUUUGUGACCACAUACAUUUGAGUGUGUAGUAAGAGUAUGCAAGUACUGGGACGUACUAACACGUCAUGAAAAGGAAGAGAACGUUGUUGCCUAGUUACGCACACUGUCAUUGUAAACAAAUUCAAUUCAAUUUUAUUUGUAUAACGCUUUUUACAGUGGUCAUUGUCUCAAAGCAGCUUUACAGAAAUAUAUAAACACAGGAUACAGAUUUUAAGUGUGUGGAUUAAUCCCAAUUGAGCAAUGUGGCAAGGAAAAACUCCCUAAGAUGAUAUGAGGAAGAAACCUUCAGAGGAACCAGACUCAGAAGGGAACCCAUCCUCAUCUGGGUAACAACGGAUAGUGUAAAAGUAAAGGAAAGUUAAUAAUGUUUUUUAUAUAAAGUCUUUUUGUUGAACUAAUCCACUGUUCAAAGGAGACCUGAGUACAAAACUGCAUGUGGUAAUUGCAGUCCCAGGGCCAUAGUAGCAACCGUAGUCCCAGCAACCACAGAGAGAAUGUCCAUGUGGGAAUUCGAGUUGAUGAGAGCUCCAUCCAGAGAUAGGGCAUCCGAACAGAUCAGGCAGGUCCUGAGAGAAGAAAGGGCCAGGAUCACUAGUAUCUCCAUAAAAUCAUGUGUGGCUUGACAGAAGGAGAGAGGGAGAGAUUGUUAGGUAAGACUGUGCUUUGCGUAAAAGAAAGUCUAUUCAUGGUAGGCUUGAGUAAACAAAUAUGUUUUCAGCCUGGACUUAAACACUGAGACUGUGUCUGAGUCCUGAACACUAACUGGAAGGCUGUUCUAUAACUGUGGGGCGUUGUAAGAGAAAACUCCUCCCCCUGCUGUAGCCUUCGUUAUUUGAGAUACCAACUAAUAGCCUGCACCUUUUGAUCUAAGUAGGCGUGGCGGAUCAUAAAAGACCAAAAGUUCGCUUAUAUACUGUGGCGCGAAACUAGUUGAAUACUUUAUAGAUUAAUAAUAGUAUUUUAUAAUCAAUGCAAGAUUUCACUGGGAGCCAAUGCAGUGUUGAUGAGAUCGGGGUGAUGUGCUCAUAUCUUCUGGUUCUAGUAAGGAAUCUAGCAGCUGCCUUCUAGACUAACUGGAGCUUGUUUAUGUUCCUACUGGAACAUCCAGACAAUAAGGCAUUACAAUAAUCUAGUCUAGAGGUGACGAAAGCAUGAUCUAAUAUUUCUGCAUCAUGUAGUGACAUCAUAUUAAUUAUCUUAGCAAUAUUUCUGAGAUGAAAGGAGGCUGGCCUAGUAAUAUUAUCUACAUGAGCGUCAUGUAAAUUCCUCAUUGCGUUUCAGCUAUUCUUCAUUCAUUAUACAUUAUAUAAUUUAUACUAUAUAACUGAAUUCACCUUUCCCUUGAUUUAUAUUUCCACAUUUCAUUUACACCUCUUUAAAAUGUGUCCUUGAAUUCAGUGAAGCAAACGGUCACAAAAUUCCUCCUCCACCGUGCAAGGAGCUGUGGGCAAUAUUUGUUGAAAAAGUGUCCACUGAUCCGCACUUGGAAAACCUACCGGAAAUAGUAGACCAUACGGGUACCUUUGGGAUACUCAUUUCAAAAACUAUGAUUUGGGAUACACUAAUUCUAAUCUCGGGUACUAUUUAGGGCGGAUAGUCGAUGAAUUGGGAUGCAGCAAAGCACUGCACAUUUUAGAGGUUGUUUAAUACAGGCUGCAGCACUUUUCAUUUUCUCUUCUAAUGUGGUAUUGUUGGAAUUUACAGUCCAAACAUUAGUGCUGUUUGAUGUUGUUGUUGUUGUUGUUGUUGUUGUUAUUAUUAUUAUUAUUAUUAUUAUUAUUAUUAUUAUUAUUA